CCGUGUGUGAGGCAGCAGGGGGGCGGGGCGGGUUGCCCGGUUACAGGCUAGUUCUGGCCAGUGAUUGGAUAGUGCGGAGAACAUUUUCAUCAUGAGUGUGCACACCGGUAGAGCCCCUGCUGUGUCAGCUGAAGAAGAGUGUCAUGAGCUCAGUGCUGUGUGAGGAGGACCUGGAGCUCAGUGCUGUGUGAGGAGGACCUGGAGCUCAGUGCUGUGUGAGGAGGGAGAAGGACCUGGAGCUCAGUGCUGUGUGAGGAGGACCUGGAGCUCAGUGCUGUGUGAGGAGGACCUGGAGCUCAGUGCUGUGUGAGGAGGGAGAAGGACCUGGAGCUCAGUGCUGUGUGAGGAGGACCUGGAGCUCAGUGCUGUGUGCUGUGUGAGGAGGACCUGGAGCUCAGUGCUGUGUGAGGAGUGAGAAGGACCUGGAGCUCAGUGCUGUGUGAGAAGGACCUGGAGCUCAGUGCUGUGUGAGGAGGACCUGGAGCUCAGUGCUGUGUGAGGAGGACCUGGAGCUCAGUGCUGUGUGAGGAGGGAGAAGGACCUGGAGCUCAGUGCUGUGUGAGGAGGACCUGGAGCUCAGUGCUGUGUGCUAUGUGAGGAGGACCUGGAGCUCAGUGCUGUGUGCUGUGUGAGGAGGACCUGGAGCUCAGUGCUGUGUGCUGUGUGAGGAGGACCUGGAGCUCAGUGCUGUGUGAGGAGUGAGAAGGACCUGGAGCUCAGUGCUGUGUGAGAAGGACCUGGAGCUCAGUGCUGUGUGAGAAGGACCUGGAGCUCAGUGCUGUGUGAGGAGUGAGAAGGACCUGGAGCUCAGUGCUGUGUGAGGAGGACCUGGAGCUCAGUGCUGUGUGAGGAGUGAGAAGGACCUGGAGCUCAGUGCUGUGUGAGAAGGACCUGGAGCUCAGUGCUGUGUGAGGAGGACCUGGAGCUCAGUGCUGUGUGAGGAGGACCUGGAGCUCAGUGCUGUGUGAGGAGGGAGAAGGACCUGGAGCUCAGUGCUGUGUGAGGAGGACCUGGAGCUCAGUGCUGUGUGCUAUGUGAGGAGGACCUGGAGCUCAGUGCUGUGUGCUGUGUGAGGAGGACCUGGAGCUCAGUGCUGUGUGCUGUGUGAGGAGGACCUGGAGCUCAGUGCUGUGUGAGGAGUGAGAAGGACCUGGAGCUCAGUGCUGUGUGAGAAGGACCUGGAGCUCAGUGCUGUGUGAGAAGGACCUGGAGCUCAGUGCUGUGUGAGGAGUGAGAAGGACCUGGAGCUCAGUGCUGUGUGAGGAGGACCUGGAGCUCAGUGCUGUGUGAGGAGUGAGAAGGACCUGGAGCUCAGUGCUGUGUGAGAAGGACCUGGAGCUCAGUGCUGUGUGAGGAGGACCUGGAGCUCAGUGCUGUGUGAGGAGGACCUGGAGCUCAGUGCUGUGUGAGGAGGACCUGGAGCUCAGUGCUGUGUGAGGAGGACCUGGAGCUCAGUGCUGUGUGAGGAGGGAGGAGGACCUGGAGCUCAGUGCUGUGUGAGGAGGGAGGAGGACCUGGAGCUCAGUGCUGUGUGAGGAGGACCUGGAGCUCAGUGCCGUGUGAGGAGGACCUGGAGCUCAGUGCCGUGUGAGGAGGACCUGGAGCUCAGUGCCGUGUGAGGAGGACCUGGAGCUCAGUGCCGUGUGAGGAGGACCUGGAGCUCAGUGCCGUGUGAGGAGGACCUGGAGCUCAGUGCCGUGUGAGGAGGACCUGGAGCUCAGUGCCGUGUGAGGAGGACCUGGAGCUCAGUGCCGUGUGAGGUGGUCAGCUGACAAGCGUUGCUUUCCAUACAGCCCAGACAGGACCCUGUGCAGCCCCAGGACUGGUGCAACCAAGAGAAUCACCAUGAGUGGAAAUGAGAAUAUCACCCAGGAGCUGUGCAAGGAAUCCGAAAUGAAAGAUGGAGAGAUGCGGGAAUUCGUGAUAGAAGAGAGGAGUAUCCUAUUGGUGAAGAGUAAUGGGACAUUCAGCGCUGUGGGCAACAAGUGUUCCCACUAUGGAGCUCCUUUAAGUAAAGGAUUCCUGGCAGGGGACAGAUUGCGGUGUCCUUGGCAUGGUGCAUGCUUUAAUGUGAAAACAGGGGACAUAGAAGAAUACCCAGGAUUGGACAGUCUGCCCUGUUAUAAGGUCACAUUGGAGAAUGGCAGUGUGCAUAUUGCUAUAAAUAAAAAAACAUUGGAGAAUGCAAAAAGAGUAAAAGCUAUGUGCCGACACACUGCCAGCAACAGAAGUACUGUAGCAAUCAUUGGAGCAGGCCCUGCUGCUUUGGUGUGUGCAGAAACCCUCCGCCAAGAAGGUUAUUCAGGGAAGAUUGUCAUGGUGACAAGAGAAAGACACUUGCCUUAUGACAGACCAAAACUUAGCAAGGCAAUGAAUGCAAAGGCUGAAGAUCUCUAUCUACGACCCGUUGAAUUUUACUCUCAACAUGAUAUUGAAGUGUGGACAGAAAAAGAGGCGGUUUCAGUCAACACAGAUGAAGCAAGGGUGAAAUUUAGGGAUGGAUCAUUCCUUCAGUACAGCCAACUUCUAAUUGCUACUGGCAGCAGACCAAGAGAACUUCAGUACCCUGGCUCUUCACUGAAAAAUGUAUUUUAUUUGCGGUCUCCAGAAGAUGCCACAGCAGUCAGCAAAGAAGCUACAGGCAAAAAUGUGGUGAUUAUGGGCAGCUCUUUCAUAGGCAUGGAAGUUGCAGCUUUUCUUUCGGACAAAGCUAACUCUGUGUCUGUGAUAGGAAAAUCUAGUGUGCCUUUUCAGGCUGUGCUGGGAAAUCAGAUUGGAACACUGGCAAUGAAGCUUUUACAGGAGCACGGGGUCAAUUUCUACAUGAGGACAGAAGCCAGAGAGUUACAUGGCGAGAAUGGACAGGUUAAGGAGGUACGUCUGAGAAAUGGAACUGUUCUUCCUGCUGAUGUUGUGCUUGCUGGAAUAGGAGUAGUCCCUGUGACAAAUUUCCUGAAAGGAAGCAGAAUUGCAGUGGACUCUAGAGGAGCAGUCUAUGUAGACCAGUUUAUGCGCACCAGUGUUCCUGAUGUCUUCGCUGCUGGUGAUGUUGUAUCAUUUCCUCUGCCAAUGAUGGAGGGACACAGAGCAAAUAUUGGACACUGGCAGAUGGCUCACUCUCAUGGCCGGAUUGCUGCUCUCAAUAUGCUGAACAAGCACAUACCUGUGAACUCUGUGCCGUUCUUCUGGACGUCUCUGCUGGGGAAAAGCAUUCGUUAUGCAGGAUUUGGUGAGGGUUAUACAGAAAUCAUAUUGAAAGGGGCCUUGGAAGAGAUGAAGUUCUUGGCUUUUUAUCUAAAGGAUGAUAUUGUAGUUGCAGUGUCAAGCAUGAACUUUGACCCUACUGUAUCACAAGUAGCUGAGGCAAUCCUAUCAGGCAGAAGGAUCACGAAGAAUGAAGUUAUGGAAAAUUACAGUGAAUUGAUAAGUAGGUAAAUGCUUCGAAGACCUGAGAGCUCAGCUGUACUGAGUCAUCAGAUCAACACUGGUGCAUGAAGUACCCGACGCUCAGACUGCCUUAUCUGAAUGAUGGCCACAGUCCUCAUCACAAGAAAAGCUGUGGAAGGUCCAGCAGAAGCAAUCUAAUCUAUGUGGGGGUGUUAUUACUUUUCACCUUGUAAAAGCAAAUAUAUUAACCAACAUAACAAAGAGCUUGUAAAAAA